UUGGGGUGAAAUCCAAGCUAUCAUGUGAAGGAUUUGGUCUAGUGUGUGUGUUAAGCUGCGCUGCCUUACCCAAGGCAGUGGUCUGUAAAAUGUCACCUCCGGGCACUGUGACCAUCAUGACUUAUUCAACGACUCAGCUUCAGGCGGCUGCCAGGCCAAAUUGACGGAGCUGGACCUCACUGAAAGAGGGGAUGACAGCGAGAGGGAAAAGAGGGGUUAGAGGAGAGAACAGAGAAAGGCAGGAGAGAGGGGUAAGAAGGGAGAGGGAGGGAAGUGAGGCCUGUUUGAGAGGGGAGACCGAGUACAGAAUGGGAAGAGAAAGAGAGGGAAGAUUUGUGUGGAAAGUGAAGAGAAAAAACAGACGAGGAAUCCGAUCCUCGCUCUGGCUCUACAUCCUGGCCCUUUGCCUCACCUUUGACCCUGCGACCUCUCAGGGUCACUUCCCCCGGUUGGAAAACAUCGGAGCCCACAAGCCCGUCACCCUUUCUCCUUCCCGCUCCAGCUGCGGUACUCCUGAGCGCACCACUUACUGCCACAGCCCCACCUCCCUGCAGGAGCUCCACAACUGCAGCCAGGCGUUCUGCAACCAGGAGUGCCCCUACCGUUCUUCCACCCCACCCCAUGCACCCCUACUGCUUCCCGCACACUGGGGCACCUGUGUCACCCAGGACGGGCUGGAUCCUCUCGCUCCCGGGCAGGAAGGGGGAGAGGGUGUUAGAGAAGGGGAUGGAUCCAGCAGGAGUGUAAUAUUCCGUUGGACCCAGGGAGGAUGCGUGGCCUCUCCUCCCUUUCAGAGUCUGGGACAUCUGGGCUCCUUCACCCUGGCUGUGUGGAUCAAACCGGAGGCUCCUGGAGACAUGAUGGUGUUGGAGAAGAGUUCAGAGGAGCGGUUGGUGUUCCUGUUGACCGUGUCUGAGUCUGCGGUCAAACUACAGUACGGUCAGCCCAGCAGUCAGGUUGGUACUCUGACCUUCAGCACCCAGGGCAGACUCACAGUGGACAGGUGGACCCACCUAGCUUUACAGGUGCAUGGCAAAAGCGUCAGUCUCUUCCUGGAUGGACUGGAGGAGGACGGCACGCCCUUUGACACUCGACCUCUGACCUCACCCAUCUCUGACAUCAGAAUGGACAGUACCAUGAGAGUCGGACUGAGCUCUAACGGGUCUGAUCAAUUCAUGGGCAGGAUGCAGGACUUCAGAUUUUAUCCCAACACACUGACGAACAGAGAGAUAGUGAAGGUGUAUUCAGGCUUCCUGCCCCCCCUCCACGCUCAGUCAGAGUGCCGUUGCCCCCCCAGUCACCCCAGAGUACACCCCCUAGUGGAGAGGUACUGUAUUCCCAACGCGGUGGAGGACACCACUAAUAACCGUGUGUUGAGGCUCAACAUGGACGCUCACCCUGUUAGCUAUAUCAAUGACCAGGACAUGGGUACAGCCUGGGUGUCCAACAUACUAACUGGAUCUGAGGACAUGGACCAAGGGCUGACCAUCACCAUAGACCUAGUCAACGGGCAGUACCAGGUGUUCUAUGUGAUCCUGCAGUUGGUCAGUCCCCAGCCAGAGGCCUUGCACAUCCAGAGGAGCUGCAGUAACAGCAGCAGCAGCAGUAACAGUAGCAGUGUAGAAACAGAAUGGCUAGACUGGCAGUACAUGGCCAGAGACUGCAGCCUGUUUGGUCUGCAGAACAAUGGACCCCUGCUCAGACCAGACUCUGUCAAUUGUCUACAGUUCCCCAGUGAUGUCCCAUACUCCCAAGGUAACAUCACCUUCAGUAUGUUGACUCCAGAGCCCAACCUGCGUCCAGGCUACAACGACUUCUAUAACACCCCUGCCCUGCAGCAGAUGGUUCAGGCCACCCGGGUCAGGAUCCACCUGAGUGGACAGUACCACACGCAAAAUACAGGGGUGCCCCAACGCCACCGCUACUACGGUGUCAAUGAGAUCACCAUCAGUGGAAGGUGUGAGUGUCAUGGCCAUGCUGAUCAGUGUGACACCAGUGUGACUCCCUACCGCUGUGCUUGUCUGCCAGAGAGCCAUACAGAGGGACACAACUGCCAGCGCUGUGCCCCACUCUACAAUGACAAACCCUUCAGGUCAGGUGACCAGGUCCAAGCCUACAGCUGUCGACCAUGUGACUGCCAUGGCCACGCCCUUUCCUGUCACUAUGACAUCACAGCUGACGCCCACCCCACUGAACACUACAGAGGAGGGGGAGGGGUGUGUGACGACUGUAUGCACAAUACUAAAGGUCGUAGCUGUGAGUCCUGUGUUAGUCAGUUCUACAGGGAGGUGGUUGCUGACCCCAGGUCAGAGGUUGUGUGUCAACCAUGUGACUGUUACACACCUGGCUCCAUCAACGGUAGUCUGGAGUGUCACCCGGUGGGGGGCCAGUGUAAGUGUAAGAGGCAUGUGUCUGGCAGGCGGUGUGAUGCGUGUCAGGUUGGAUUCUACUCUCUGCAGCCAUUGGGCCCCGAGGGCUGUCUGCCGUGUGGCUGCAGCGCUGCAGGCACCCAGGGAGACAACGGCACCUGUCACCAGCAGUCAGGACGGUGCCAAUGCAAGACACACGUAAUCGGUCGUACCUGUGACAGGUGUGACUAUGGCUACAAGCUGUUAAAUUCCUCUCAUCUUGAUGGCUGUGUGGGGUGUGACUGUGACCAGGUGGGGUCCCUCAACCCCUUCUGUGAGCCAGAGGGGGGCCAGUGUGAGUGCAGGGAGGGAGUGGGGGGCCAGCGCUGUGACUCCUGUGCCAGGGGCCUCUAUGGCCUCCAUCAGGCGGGCUCCUGCAUCCCGUGUCUCUGCUCGCCUGACGGGACCGUACCUGGGUCUGUGUGUGACCCAGAGACUGGACAGUGUGUGUGUAAGGAAAACACUGAGGGACCUCGCUGCGACUCGUGUCGCCGUGGUUACCACAGCCUGGAGAGGAGGAACUCCUUGGGGUGUCUGGCGUGUGCGUGUGACGUCCGCGGCACCCUGAAGGGGGGUGUGUGUGACCCCGUCAACUCCCAGUGUCCCUGUAGGGAGGGGGUGGAGGGUGCCCAGUGUACACGCUGCUCCCUACACUACUACAACACGACCUCUGAACUCUACGAUGACCUCACACCUGACCCCUACUACAACAUGACCUUUGACCCCCAGGGGUGUGUUCCGUGUGUGUGUGACCCCACGGGAACAGUGGAGGGGGCGAUGUGUGAUGCGGACACCGGGCAGUGUGUGUGUGUGUCCACGCGCCACGGAAGGGACUGCGGUAGAUGUAGGCCAGGUUACUUCCUCUCUGUGUCAGAGUUAGGGUCUGAGGUGAGCAUGUGUGUGGAGUGUGACUGUCACCCGGUGGGCUCGUCGGGACAGGUGUGUGGCGGCCAGAUGGGGCAGUGUGUGUGUGUUGACCCCUCGGUGGGAGGACGCAGGUGUGACCAGUGUCAGGACCUCCACUAUGGCUUCAACCCUGGGCUUGGCAGGUGCCAGGCAUGUGUGUGUAACUCCGUUGGAGGGGUGAAUGGGUCAUGCCACCCAGAGACAGGGAUAUGCCAGUGUAAGGCCUUGGUGACGGGGGACAGGUGUGACCGCUGUGUCCCUGGAGCCAGUCACCUGGACUCAGACAACCACCUGGGCUGCAGUAAAGCUCCUAUCCAGCAGCCCAGUCCAGUAGGGUUAGUCCUGACCUCCACCUCCAUCCGCCUGACCUGGAGGCCUCCUGACGCGCCCAACACACACACACUCAACUACACACUGCUCAGGGACGGCCUAGAUAUACACACUACGCAGAGACACUACCCAUUCAGCCCUGUAACUUAUGUGGACAGUGGUUUGUCUCCGUUCAUGGAUUAUUCUUACCAGCUAGUAACGGCUAACGUUAACGGUCAGACGGUGAGUGUUCCGGUCAGUUACCAGACCCUGGCCGCCGCACCGGACCCUGACCAUAUCCUUCUGACUCUGGUGGGCCGACCAGGACCGACUACAGCCAACCUCAACUGGACCCGACCACAGAACACAUCAGGUCCACAAGAGAGGUUUGUGCUGAACUCAGUGGAGGCUGGUACUGGUAGGGAGCGGGUCCACUAUACAGGUCUAGAGACCCAGGCUGCAGCCGCUGGCCUCCCCUACACCCACUACAACCUCACCCUGCAGGCCUGUACUACUGGUGGGUGCACCUCCACCCCUCCCCUGCCCCUCCUCACUUCACCCAGCCCCCCACAGGGACAGCCCCCACCCAGGGUCAACGCCACCGGACCGCACCAAAUGCACGCAGCCUGGGACCCCCCCGUUCGUCCCAAUGGUGUUAUUAUAAGGUACGAGCUCUUCAUACGAGGGCCAAUGGAAUCGCAGAACACCACCACAAGCCCCGCCCCAGAGCGUAGGGUGUUUGUGAGCAGUGGUUGGCUGGAUCCCCGCCUCCCGUCUGACUCAGCCAAAGAGAGUGCUCUGCCUCCUCCCCAGAGCAGCGCCAUAGUAACAGACCUGCAGGCCUUCUCCACCUAUCAGUUGCGAGUUCUGACCGUCAACAUGGCCGGGAGUGUGAUAUCAGACUGGACUACAGCUCGGACACAGGAGGGGGCUCCGGAGUUCAUGGCUCCUCCUGAGGUGUCGGCGGUGUCAUCCUCAUCCCUAAAGGUCGCGUGGAGGUCAGCGCGGGGUCAAGAGGCUAGAGGACAGGUCACUGAAUACAGGGUGAACCUGGUCACAGAGCAGAGGUCCAACCCGUACGCACCACCUGUUAUCACACAGGUGCUGUAUGUAGCCAGUCCAUCAGAGCGUGUGUAUGUAGCAGAAGGACUAGAGGCCUACAGGAGAUAUGACUUCACUGUGACUCUGUGUACGUCACUGGGCUGUGUGACCAGCCUGCCUGCCUCUGGACGAACACUACCUACAGCUCCAGCAGGUCUUGCUCCCCGGUUGAGGCCAGUACAUGGGACACUGAUGGAGGUGACCUGGGACCCCCCCUCUCAGCCCCACGGACCCCCACCACUCUACCAGGUGGAGCGAACCGACCUCUCUCUCUCUGAUCCCCGUGACCUCGUCGUUAGGGGGGCGAUGUUCCCCGGCAACGGUUACCACCGGUUCCCCAGCGACACACUACCGGUCAACAGCGACUUCACAGGGCUCCGGUUGAGUUUCAGAACCCGAGCAUCAGACGGCCUGCUCCUCUGUGCUGUGUCUCCUGGAAACCAAGAGGAGUACCUGGCUCUGCAGAUCCGCAAUGGACGCCCCUACUUCCUGUUUGACCCACAGGGCUGGGCAGUGGGAGUGGGAGUGGAGGGUGAUGGGGGGAGGAGCUACAACGAUGGCCAGUGGCACAGCGUCAUGGCAACCAGGAAACAGGCCGUGGGAACGAUCAUUGUGGAUGAUCAAUACCAAGGUAAUGCAUCUGCUUCCAGUGGCAGUAGCAUUAUUGGGGAAAACACAGGGGUGUUCAUCGGGGGGCUACCAGAGGACUUCACUCUACUCAGACAAGACUCAGGUGAUGCUCAGCUGGUACAACAGGGGUUCUCUGGUUGCCUUAGAGACGUGCAGGUGAAGAUGAUUGACAGCCCCUCUGAGGUGUGGCAGCCUCUGGAUUGGUCCAGAGCCACAGAGAGGGUUGUGGCCUAUGAGAGCUGGGAAGGAUGCCCCGCCCACACAGAGGAGGGGGCCCACUUCUUGGGACAAGGGUUCCUAGAGCUGAGUCCAGAGGUGUUCAGUGGAGGAGAAGACUUUGACAUCACCUUUGAGUUCAGGACGGACCAACUCAACGCUCUGCUGCUGUUUUCCUACAACACACACACCUCCGAUUAUAUACUGGCUGAGUUGGAAGGAGGAAUGCUGUCAUUGGUUCUAUCCUGGCGUGGUCACGUGACUGAGCUGAGCAUGUGGGCGGGGCUUAGCUACUGCGACGGGGGCUGGAACCAACUCUCAUUGGUCAAACAGGGAGACGUCAUCUCAGCCUCCAUGAAUGAUUGGUCAGAACAGCUGAGGGGGGUGGCAGGGGGGGAGUUGGGGGUGGACUCACCCCUCUACCUGGGAGGAGUGCCUCCUGAACUAAACCAUGAAGCUCUGGUUAGCCACAGUCACAGACAUGGUCUGGGAGGGUGUGUGAGGGGUGUAACAGUUCGGACUGGUCCCGUUACCGGUUCCAUUGGUGUACCGGAUGUUUCUGCCGUUAGUCUGUCUGCCUCCACCCGCCGCUCUGUUAUGAUCAAUCUGGACGGCUGCCCGGCAACCGACAGCAUCUUCUAUUGCCGUGGCAACGACUCUGUACUGGUGUACAUGGGCCGCGAGACACAGGCUAGAGACUUGGGAGUACAACCUUUUACAGAGUACCUGUACAGGGUGGUGGCGUCAGGAGAGGGAGGAUGGACAACAGGACCCUGGGAACGUGGGCGCAGCAGGGAAACAGUCCCCCAGAGUGUUGCCCCUCCCUCUAGUCUCCAGAGUGGGAGUGGCUUCAGUGUCCAGGUGAGCUGGGCCCCGCCCCUCCAGGCGAGAGGAGUGAUUGACAGGUACGAACUGACGGCCUACAACCUGGAUCAGCCUGACUCAACACCUGUUACUGCCUCCUACCUGUCCACUGGUAACCACACAUGCCUGUUGGAGGGUCUGACUCCGUUUACACGCUACAUUGUCACGGUUACAGCAUGCACCUGGGCUGGCUGUACCGAGAGUCCCCUUGACGACAGUAGAGAUGGAGACGUGAGUUGGAGCAUCACCACUCCAGAAGAGGUUCCAGAGGAUGUGUCCCCUCCCAGUGCUGUGUCGACCCCCUCCUCUCUGGCUGUGUUCUGGGGUCCCCCUGCCAGACCCAAUGGCCUCAUCACUGACUACCUGUUAUACCACAAUGGACAACUACUCUACCAAGGGAACAAUACACACCUCAAUAUCACUGGUUUAGGUGUGUUUUCUCCCCAUAUGUUCGUGCUAAGUGUGUGUACGGCGGCAGGCUGCUCUAACAGCUCCCAGGUCACCCUGCUCACCUCCCAGCAGCCACCUGGAGGCAUGGAGCCUCCCAGCCUCACCGUGCUAGACUCCCGCACCGUCUACAUACAGUGGUCUCGUCCUGAGCAGGUGAAUGGUGUGUUAGAGUUCUACAGUGUGUACCUGUCAGUAGAAGGGGAGGAGCCAGUGUGUGUGUAUAACAGCUCGGAACUGUUUGUAGACCACACCCUCCGUAACCUGACACCAGGCACCACCUACAGCUUCACUGUCACUGCGUGUACGGGGGGAGGCUGUUCCUUCAGCCCCCCUAGCGAGGCUCACACAGAGGAGAGCACCCCUGAAAAUAUCCCUGCCCCCUACGUCACUCCUCUCUCCCCCCAUGCCCUCAACAUUACCUGGACACCCCCAGACACACCCAACGGAGUGAUCAGCAGCUAUGGAGUGUGGAUGAACGGUGUGCUGGUCCAGAACUCUACCUCCCUAUGGUUCUCUGUUGACCACCUGUCUCCCUGGAGUCUACACAGCUUUAGAGUACAGGCCUGCACCGCACAGGGCUGUGCCCUGGGACCACUGGUGGAGAGGCGUACGUUGGAGAUGGCCCCAGUAGGUCCUGUGGUGCUGGAGGUUGAUAGUGAAGGACCUACCUCUCUCAGGGCCAAGUGGAGCCAGCCAGCCACACCUAGUGGGAACAUCACCUAUACACUACUGUACACACACACAGGUCCAGGUCAUGAUGAUGAUGAAGGUGAUGGUGAUAGUGUGUAUAAUAGCAGUGAAGCAGGGAGGUGGGUGUCUGUCGGAGGUCUCCAGCCCUACUCUAACUACAGUCUGAUGGUCCGGGCCUGCAACACUAUGGGGUGUGUGGACAGUCUACCUACUGCUGUCUCCAUGCCCCCUACUGCUCCAGAUGGUGUAAUGCCCCCAGGUGGGAUAGUUGCCACCCCUGCCAGUCUGCAGUUGUCCUGGCUCCCUCCGGGCCGUGCCAACGCUCCUGGACCCUUAUACUACGACCUACAGAUGAGGGACACGCCAGACGGUCCUAUACAACAACUGUUGAACAACGUGACGAGCACAUUCAGCCACACAGUGGAAGGUCUGUCUCCAUACACAGACUACCUGUUCAGAGUGGUGGUGUCACACACGCACGGAGAGACCGCCAGUGACUGGACCAGCCUACGUACCGCAGAGGACAGUCCAGGUCCCGUGGACCCCCCUGUGGUGUCAGCCCUCCAGUCGCAUAGUGUGUCAGUCUCCUGGGCCCCCCCAGCCCAGCCCAACGGGGGGAUCACCCACUACACUCUCCACCUCACCUCCACCCUGUCCCUGUCACACAGCACUGCUACAGUACCAGGCAACACUACCAGUUACAGCCUAUAUAACCUCCUGCCCUACCAACUCUACAGCUUGCAGGUGGAGGCCUGUACCCCGGCAGGGUGUACUCUCUCUGGGGAGUCCCAGUCCUUCCAUACCCCCGCUGCCCCACCGGAGGGAGUCCCGGUCCCCCACCUCUACUCUGACACCCCCACCUCAGUACUACUGUCCUGGGGAGCCCCGGAGAGGAGCAACGGAGAACUGGAGGGAUGGGUGGUGGAGAGGAGUGUGAGAGGCACCCAGCAGGUAUCUACAGUGGUCAGACUUCCCCCGUCCCCUCCUCCCCUCUCCUAUCUGGACCACUCCUCAGCCCUCAGCCCCUGGACCUCCUACCAGUACCGCCUAGUGGCCAGCACACAGGCUGGAUCUAACACUAGUGCCUGGGCUAACAUCACCACCAGACCCUCUCGUCCUGCCGGUCUAGUCCCACCACGGGUAGAUGUGCUGGGACCGGACUCACUGCAGGUCAUGUGGUCCCCUCCUGUCAUUGCUAACGGAGUGAUCGACCGCUAUGAGAUCCGCCUUCCCGACCCGCGCGUAUCCCACGACGACCUGUCCAACCUCACCGUCACGGUAACAGAUCUGGUGCCCUACACUAACUACCUGGUCACCGUCCUGGCCUGCUCCUCCGGGGGUGGCCUUAUUGGGGGUUGCACAGAGAGCCUGCCCACUGCCGUGACUACACUACCCACAAUCCCCCAGGAUCUGGCACCACUGGCAGUGGUGGCCGUCAGUGAGUCCUUCCUGGCCGUAUCCUGGCAACCUCCCGACAGGCCCAACGGACCUAACCUCAGAUACGAGCUGCUCAGACGUAAAAGCCGUCAGCCGCUGGCCGCGCAGCCCCCGGCAGAUCUCCAUCGCUGGUUCAAUGUUUACGCCGGAGACAAAUUGUUUCACCAAGAUAAAGGCCUUAGCAGGUUCACAUGGUACCAGUACCAGUUACUGGUCUAUAAUGACGUGGGCUACUCUACAGGACAGCUGGCUACGGGUGUUACCCUGGCAGGAGUACCCCUCCACCCGCCCUCUCUGUCUGUCCAGACCAUCGACCAUACAUCCAUACACAUCAGCUGGACAGAACCCUCUCUACAGGAUCUCCAGGGUGAGGUGGAACUCUACACCCUCAGGGUCGAAUCCUCUCACCUCAGACGAACUCUGACCUUCCCACCCGGGGUCGAUUCAACUGUGAUAGGUGACCUGCAGCCCAACACGCGCUACAGGGUUUCCCUGCAGGUGUCCAAUGGGGCUUACAACACUUCUAAUACCGAGGUCAACGGUACUACUGAAGAUGGAGAGCCAGAGGGAGUGUUUCCUCCAGAGGUGGUUCCAGUCAACAGCAGUACAGUGCGUGUGCUGUGGUCUCCCCCUGUACAGCCUAACGGAGCUGUGACUGAAUACUCUGUCUAUCUAGACGGGACUGUACACGCUACUGCUGAUAACACAUCAGGAUCAUACUUACUGGGAGGACUACUACCCUUCACCGUCUAUGACAUAAAGGUGGAGGUGUGUACUGUGUAUGGGUGUGUAAAGAGUAACGCUACUCAGGUGACUACAGUGGAGGAUCUACCUGCUGACAUAGCACCUCCACACAUACAGGUGCUCAGCCCCAGAUCAGUGAGGGUGGAGUGGUCUUCUCCAGGUCAGCCCUGUGGUAUCAUGCUAGGCUACGAGGUGUGGAGGAAGAUGCUGAGACCCUGUGGGGGAGCCGAGUGGGGGUCAAAUGUGACCCAGGGGGGUGAGGGGUCAGAGGUCAGAUGCUCCUACCUGCAGUGCUUCGCCUCUCAGGGGGUGUGUGGGGCGUCCUGCUACCAACCUCAGAGACAGGUGUGUUGUGAUGGUGUGGUCUACACCAGUAAACCUCUACACCUGUGCUGUGAGGGGCGUUACCUGCCCUCACCAAACUCCUCCCACACUCUGUGCUGUGGUGGGAAGCUCCUCCCACCUCUCCCGGAUCACCAAUGCUGUGGAAGAUACUACAUUCCUGUGGCGACCGGUGAGGUGUGCUGUCCGGACCCGGGACAGGGACGUGUGUCGGUGGGGGUGGGUGACGCUUGCUGUGGGCGGGUGCCUUACUCCCCGUCAGGGGGGCAACUGUGCUGUGGAGGGCUGCUCCAUGACGGCUACAGGUCCCAGUGCUGCGGCAGUACAGUCAUAGAGGAUUCCCUGGUCUGCUGUGGAGAUGCAGAGAGAGGGAUGCCUUACACACCUUUAACAGGUCUGUCCUGCUGUGGGGAGGACUAUUUGAACUCCUCCACAUCGCUCUGCUGUGUUGGCCAUGAUGGUUUUCCUAGAAUGCAUCCUGCUGGUAACGGAACGGUUCAUCUGCAGUGCUGCGGGUCAGAGGUCAUCAACCAGGAAGAGGAGUGCUGUAACGGAGUGGGCUACAACCCCCACAGACAUGUGUGUGCUGACAGAGUGUCAUCUGGACUAGUGAAGGAGGCCCAGUGUUUUCCCAGUACUCUGUGUUCAGUUUCUGCUGCCUCCACAGCCUACUGUGGGUCCUGUUCCUUCAACCUGUCUCUCUACAUCUGUACCUGGGUCCUCACUACACACACACUCCACACCACACACACCCCUGAAACCACAACACUAAACUCACCGCAAACUACACACUCACUCAUGACCUCACACACCCCCCUGACCUCACACACCCCCCUGACCUCACACCCCCCCAUGACCUCACACCCCCCCAUGACCGCACACACUCCUUUGGAACAGUCUGAUCCAGCCCUCUGCUCCUCCCAAGAAGAUUUGAUCUACAGUGGAGUGGCCAAUAGAUACAGCUACACAGACUCAGACUUGGAGCCAUAUACCACCUAUGAGUACAGAGUAUCGGCCUGGAACAGUUAUGGGCGUGGCUACAGCAACGUCACUGUGGUGACAACCAAUGAGGACACGCCCUGGGGAGUGGCCCCGCCCCACUGGAGUCGCCUAGGCGACCGUGAUGACGUCGUACAACUACAUUGGCAGGCUCCCGCCAAGCCCAAUGGUGACAUCAGCCACUACGUGGUGCUGCGUGACGGACAGGAGCGUUACCGAGGAGACGAGAGGAGCUUUACAGAUGUGGGUGGGAUCCGUCCGUUCCAGGAGUACGGGUACUGGCUCCGGGCCUGUAACACCGCCGGCUGCACCGACAGCUCACAGGUCCUGGCUGUUACUGUGCAGGGGGUACCAGAGGAAGUGGGUUCUCCCAUAGUUACAGCUCUGGGUCCUGGCUCUCUAAGGCUCAGCUGGGCCCCUCCCUCUAAAGCCAAUGGCAUCAUACGACUCUACCACAUCAACAUGACUAGAACCGGGACAAUACUCACUCACACACCCUCGGAUGGGCCGCUCAACUACACUGUUACAGGUCUGCAGCCUCACUCUGACUACAGCUUUGUGUUGGUGGCCUGUACAGCGGUGGGCUGUGGAGCUAGUCAGCCAUCUACAGGACGCACUCUGCAAGAUGCUCCCACAGGAGUGUGGUCCAGCCCUAGACAUGUGGUGGUAAACUCUACAGCAGUAGAGCUGUACUGGGACCAGCCCUUACAGCCUAACGGACAUGUGGCCAGCUACCGUCUACUCCGAGACGGUUUGACUGUGUUCGCUGGAGACAGCCAGGAUAACAACUACACGGACACACAACUGCAGCCCAACACCAGGUAUGUGUAUGUGUUGGAGGCCAGUACCGGGGGCGGUAGUGGUUUGAGUAACAGGUACGUCGUCCAGACACCAGUCUCCUCCCCUCUGGGAGUCCCGCCCCCUCAUAACGUCACCGUGUUUGGCCCCCGCUCUCUCUUCGUCUCCUGGACACCCCCAGGUGUGUUCAACACGAGUCUUCCUCUAUACUACAACAUCCUGUUGAAUCCAGGAAGUGCCAGGUCUGUGAUGCGUACGGUGGGACGGGAACAGUACCUCAGUGUGUCUGGGUUAGACCCCUACACCAGGUACCACAUCAGAGUCCAGGCCUGCCAAGCCGAUGGGUGUGGGUUGGGUGAGGGGGUAUAUGUGCGUACCUCUGAGGCCCCUCCAGAGGAUAUGGACCCCCCCACAGUGACAGCAGCAGGAGCCACAGUCAUCCAGGUCUGCUGGAACCCUCCCCACAAGCCCAAUGGAGUCAUCACCUCAUACUUCAUACACAGGCGACCAAUGGGGACGCAGGAGGAGCUGUUGGUGUUUAUCUGGUCCAAUGGGCCGCUAGAUUUUAUCGACGCCAGCGACGCCCUCCAGCCCUUCAGACAAUACCAGUACAGUGUACAUGCCCACAACUCCCGCGGCUCUGCUCGCAGCCAAUGGGCUUCAGCUGUCACCAUGGAGGCGGGUCCAGAGGACAUUGCUCCUCCUAUUGUCACACCGACGAGUGCAUAUUCAGUACAGUUGAACUGGACACAGCCUGGACAACCCAAUGGAAGGAUUUCACAGUAUCGCCUGGUGUACAGAAAACAGCCCACAGACCCCACACUUAACACCUCUACUAUUAUUGCGUUGACAGUACCGGGAAGUACUCUCCAGUCCAGUGUGUAUGGCUUGGAGGCGUUCAGUGUGUACAGUGUGCGUGUGGAAGCAGUGAACGGGGCAGGCAGUGUAUCCAGUCCCUGGGUCAGCAUUAGGACCCUGGAGGCAUCGCCUGCUGGCCUGGCUAACUUCAGUCUGGAGCAGAGAGAGCAGGGCCGGGCCCUUCUGUUAACCUGGGACACGCCUCAUACACCCAACGGGGUUAUCACGAGUUAUAACAUCUACAGUGAGGAAAACCUGGAGUUCAGUGGUCUGUCUCGCCAGUUCCUGUUCCGACGAUUAGAACCCUUCUCCCUCUACUCUCUGGUUCUAGAGGCCUGUACCUCCGCAGGUUGCACCCGUACCCCCCCUCAGUCUGUUACCACGGCAGCAGCCCCCCCGGGUGCCCAACCCGCCCCCAUUCCCAGCGCUAUUGGCCCACACAGCGUAGAACUCACCUGGAGUCUGCCCACUCAUCCCAACGGACCAAUAGGAGAGUACAUUCUGCUGGGGCGGAGUCUGGAUGAUGAGAGGAGGGGGAACAACGAAGAAAUAGCGCAGGCCAAGGUACUGUUCCGUGAGAGUUCCACCCAGGCUUCUAGUUUCUCCCACACUGUGACGGGGCUGCGGCCCUGGACCCAAUAUCAGUUCAGCAUCCGUGUCCACAACCCCGCCGGACACGCAGACAGCCCCUGGGUUACCGUGACAACCAGACAGGCCCCCCCGCGCGGCCUAACACCGCCCUCGGUUGUCCACGUGGAGGGGAACCCCUAUGAGCUCCUGGUGUCAUGGACCCCCCCACUGGAGAGUAACGGGGUGCUUUUGUCUUAUAGGAUCCAGAGAGACAACGUCAGUUUCUCGUUUAGUUUUGACCCCAGUGUUUUCAACUACACAGACGAGGACCUGUCUGCCUUCACCUCCUAUAGAUAUGCUAUUUCAGCCUGUACUGCUGAGGGCUGUGUUACUAGUCCUGAAACACAGGUAAAGACACUGGAGGCUCCCCCCGCUGCAGUGGACUUUCCCACCAUAACCAGCAUCACAGCCGAUAGUAUCAACGUGUCCUGGACCAUUCCAUUAAUACAGAAUGGGGAGGUGACGCAGUACAUGCUGGAGGCCAACGGAAAGGAGGUUUAUCGUGGGAGUGGCUUGUCUGUGGUGAUGUCAGCGCUGCGGCCGCACACACACUACCGCCUCAUCCUAUUGGCUUGUACCAAUGGGGGUUGUACUCCCAGCACCCCUAUCAAGGCCCAAACCCUUGAGGCCCCCCCUCGUGGUCUAAAUCCCCCCUCCCUCAAAGUCACUGGCCCAGAGUCUCUCGAAAUCACAUGGGGCGCACCGAAGCUCCCCAACGGUAUCGUCACAGGUUACGAGCUCCGCCGGGAUGGCCAGGUCAUAUACGUCGGGAUGGAAACGCGUUACCAUGACUUCACGCUGUUGCCGAGCGUGGAGUACGGCUACAGCGUAAUGGCCAACAACAGUCAGGGAGCGGUGACCAGCUCUGUGGCCAAGGCCAGGACUCACCCGUCAGCUCCCUCUGGUGUUGGACCUCCCACACUGCAGCCUCUGGGGCCACGGCAGCUGAGGGUGGACUGGGAGCCCCCAGCGAGACCUAACGGGGUGAUCGUCAGCUACACGGUGUACCAGAGAGACCCGACCCUGCCCUCAACACACAGCUUCCUGUAUGACCCAGAACACAGCGCCUUCUCCGGACGCUCCAUCAUAUUGAAGCAGCUCACACCCUACCACAGGUACGAGGUGAGAGUGGAGGCAUGUACAGAGCUGGGCUGUGCCUCCAGUGACUGGGUCUCAGUGCUGACACUAGAGUCUCCUCCUACUGGCCAGUCCAUACCGCUGCUGGAGCUACAGAGAGACACCAGGGGCCUACAGACCAUCUUUUUGCUCUCUUGGCCCCCCCCGGCCCAGCCCAAUGGUAGAGUCCUACACUAUGAGGUCUAUAGGAGACUGGGUCAGAACACUGAGGUUAGCGGGGGUGCAGCAGCGCUGGUGUAUAGGAAUGAUUCCGCAACGUGCCGUGAUGCCGGUCUCCUGCCCUACACUGACUACCAGUAUCAGGUUUGGGCAGUGAAUUCUGUUGGUCGUUCAGGAAGCCAAUGGGCCAAUGGGAGAACAGGUCCCGCCCCUCCUGAGGGUGUUGGCCCGCCAACCUUCCUGCGUAUCUUAGCAACCUCGGCUGUUGUUGACAUCCGCCCCCCCACAAGGCCCAAUGGCAUCGUCAGCCUUUACAGGGUGUUCUCACAGGGCCCCAACGCUACACACACACUGCUUUCAGAGGGGAUAUCUCGUCAGCAGACCCUCCAUGGUCUGAGUCCAUACACUCAGUACUGGGUAGGAGUAGAGGCCUGUACAUGCUAUCAGUGCUGUAGCCAGGGCCCCGUGAGUGAGCUACGCACCCAGGCCUCCCCCCCAGCACAGCAGCCAUCCCCUCGCCCAGUGGCUCUGACAUCACGCUCAGCACAGGUGGAGUGGGAUGAACCGCUCGCCCCCAACGGACUCAUAGAGAGUUGUGAGCUGCACAUUCGUUCCUCCUGCCCCCAGCCUCCCCAGCCAGUCCCGCCGCUCUGUGUGGAGGGACCAAUAGAAACGCGGUUCUUCGGGAGGGGCAGGAACUACAACGUAACAGGUCUGCAGCCCUACUCUAGCUACCAGCUCAGAGCUUCCUGUUAUAACAACAUGGGUAGUACUACCUCCAACUGGACUACUGUUACUACACUCACUGAGGCUCCUCAGUAUAUUUCUCCAUUUGAGGUGUACAGUAACCUGACUCUGGUGUGGCUGGACUGGAGUGCCUCUUUCUCUCUGAACGGUCUUCUGAGAGACUACUCACUGACAGACAACAACCUGAGAGUCUACAUUGGCUUCCACAGCUACCUCUAUAUACCCCGCACCUCAGAGAAGACCCUCUCCCUCCAGGUGACCUGUACUACAGACAUUGGCAGUGCCAGCACCCCUAUCAUCAGAUACAGUCCUGCUACAGGCAUGAGUCCGGUGGAGCCCACCCCAGGAGGGAAGCAGGGUGUAGGGACCCAGGGAGCUCCAGUCUACUCUGAGAUGUGGUUCAUCCUGCUGCUAGUGUUUCUGGGUCUCCUGGUCUUGGCUGUGCUGCUGGGCCUGGUGCUGAGGAGGGCCCUGAGGAAAGAACCCUUCAUUAGAGAACGCCCCCCUCUCGUCCCCCUGCAGAAGAGGAGCCAGGCGGGAGGAGACGCUUUCAUGUUUGAUACGGUAACAGACUGUCUAGAGGACAGCAACGUGACUCUAAAGAGCUACACUAUGAACUAUGAGGGCCUGACGGACAGUAAGAUUGUGGGCGGAGGCUCACGGUUCAGCCCCAUGUCGGUCCUCCGAGUGCCCAGCCAAUCACAGCUCAGCCACGCCUACUCCCAGAACUCCCUGCACCGCAGCGUCAGUCAGCUGAUCGAACAGGACAGGAAGUCUCUGAUGGGGGAGGGAGGACAAGACUCUGGGCUGUAUGUGGAGGAUGAUGAAUUUGUGGAAGCCAUCAAAGCCUUCAGCUCUGUGAGGAAGGAACACACCAUGUUCACAGACACACACCUCUAGAUGCCCCCCCCCCCCCCCCCCCCCCCACACACACACACACACUACAACCACCAACACCUGGGCUCUCGACACACUACAACUGAACUGAAAACCCAGAACUCAACUUACAAACGCAGUCAAAACAUGAACACAAAACAUGGACCUCAAACUGAAACCAUGAACCCUGAACUCAAGUUAGGAAUCCUAGAUUCAGAACUGAAAGAACCCCAGGCUUUCUAAAACUCCUAUACUUGUCAUUUUUACUUUAUGCCAACUGUCAUAACCUAGAAACAGCUAAACAUUUCAGCAAGUGUGGAACUCAAAGCAAUGCCUCUCAUCUCUUUCAUUUGAAUCAUAACAGCGAACCUACUGUAAGUUUGUGGUAACUGUGCCUAGUAAACCUAGCAUCAAUGACAUUUUUAAUGGUAUUUGUGACAAGACCAUUUUUAUAAUCAGUGUCAAAGCCAACUGUUUAUGUGAAUGAACUAUAUCCACAAAUGUAUCAUCUGACAGUAUUUGGUUGAUCAAUGUUGUGGUAAGUGGUUGACGGAAGUUUUGAUGUGGUAAUAUUUUUCUUGAGGUUAACCAUAGUGCUGUGUGGUGCUUCCACACACCUAACAUUGUGUUUCAAACUACACUACAUGACCAAAAGUAUGUGGACGCCUGCUCACGGAGCAUCUCAUUCCAAAAUCAUGGGCAUCAAUAUGGAGUUGGUCCCCUCUUUGCUGCAAUAACAGCCUCCACUCUACUGGGAAGGCUUUUCACUAGAUGUUGGAACAUUGCUGUGGGGACUUGCUGUGCCCGACCUCACAAAAGCAUUAGUGAGGUCGGGCACUGAUGUUAGGUGAUGAGGCCUGGCAUUCCAAUUCAUCCCAAAGGUGUUCGAUGGGGUUGAGGUCAGGGCUCUGUGCAGGCCAGUCAAGUUCUUCCACACUGAUCUUGACAAACCAUUUCUGUAUGGAACUUGCUUUGUGCACGGGGGCAUUGUCAUGCUGAAACAGGAAAGGGCCUUCCCCAAACUGUUGCCACAAAGUUGGAAGUACAGAAUCGUCUAGAAUGUCAUUGUAUGCUCUAGCGUUAUGAUUUCCCUUCACUGGAACUAAGGGGCCUAGCCCGAACCAUGAAAUACAGCGCCAGACCAUUAUUCCUCCUCCACCAAACUUCACAGUUUGCACUGGCAGGUAGCGUUCUCCUGGCAUCCACCAAACCCAGAUUCGUCUGUCGGACAGCCAGAUUCAUCACUCUAGAGAACGCAUGUCCACUGCUCUAGAGUCCAAUGUUUGCGAGCUUUACACCACUCCAGCCGACUCUUGACAUUGCGCAUGGUGAUCUUACGCUUGUGUGCGGCUGCUCGACCAUGGAAACCCAUUUCAUGAAGCUCCUGACGAACAGUUCUUGUGCUGACGUUGCUUCCAGAGGCAGCUUGGAACUCGGUUGUGAAUGUUGCAACAGAGGGCAGGCGAUUUUUGUGUGGCAUCUACGCACUCCAGCACUCGGCAGUCCCAUUCUGGAACUUGUGUGGCCUACCACUUCGCGGUUGAGCCAUCGAUGUUCCUAGAUGUUUCCAUUUCACAAUAACAGCACUUAUAGUUGACGCGGGCAGCUCCAGCAGGGCAGAAAGUUGUCGAACUGACUUGUUGGAAAGGUGGCAUCCUAUGAUGGUGCCACGUUGAAAGUCACUGAGCUCUUCAGUAAGGCCAUUCUACUGCCAAUGUUUGUCUAUGGAGAUUGCAUGGAUGUCUGCUCGACCUGUCAGCAACGGGUGUGGCUGAAAUAGCCAAAUCCACUCAAUUGAAGAGUUGUCCGCAUACUUUUGUAUAUAUAGUGUAUCGUAGAGAUUUUCAGCAAGUUUUCUUGGUACAGUAAAUAAUGUUGUCGUUUUUUUUUUUUUUCACUGGCAGUAUUAAUUUAUUAAUGUAAAAAUUAUAUAUAUAUAUAUAUAUAUAUAUAGUGAUUUUUUUUUCUUUGUAUGUGGUCUGGCCUAUGUUCAUAAUGUCUUAUAACUGUGUUACAUAUCUCCAUCUUCAACUUCGUCUUGAGUCAGCUGUUUAGCCCAGACGACUAUGACAAUCCUUGGGCCAGACAAUAGUUGGUUUGAGGAGACAUCUUCCAGAGCAGGGUUUCCAGAGGUCCUGGGGCCCCCUCCUUGAGUGCACGUCUCGUUUGGUUUGCACUGGCACUACACAGCAGAUUCAAAUAAAGCUUGACAAUGAGUUGGUUAUUUGAAUCAGCUGUCCAGUGCCAGGGCAAACCCCAGGACCUAGUUUGUGAAGUCCUGCGCUAGAGAGAUGGCACAUGGUUGGCUGUACAGUUGGAUGAUCUGUGUAGUGACAUAGCUGAAGAGAGACAGGCCACUCUAGUGUCCUAGUUUAGAUCUCUCUGCCCCUCUCCUGCAGCUGGCCUGGUUAGAACAUAGACAGUGACCAGUUGAAUAAAACUAAUUGACUCUUCUUGUGCAGCUUUGUGUAGAGAGCUGGGCACAAACAGUUCAUCAAAAUUCUAGGUACUAGAAUGCUUUUUAACUUUUUCAUGACACGUCAUAUUGUAAUGAAUUUGUUUUUUUGAAUGUCUCCCGAUUAAUAAUGUAUUUGAGAAAUAAAUAUUGUGAUGUAACUUAAA